GGCCUUUUAUUUCUUCCGUCCCUUGCCUCAUUUUUCUCUUCCCCCUUCCUCUUCCCCUGCUCUGGCUCUGGUAUUCCCCCCGACGCGACGCCGCGGAUCUAAUUACAGCCGCCGCCGUGGCCGUGCCAUACCUUAGCCUCAAUCCGACCUCUCGGGGGCGUGGGCCGCCGCCGACGCCCCAGUCCGGCCUCCAUCAUCACUGCCGCCAUCGCCGUUCCCCUUUUUCCUCAGCCGCCGGGACAUCCAGCUGCCCCGUCCAGUGUUUGGCCGUUGGGUCUCCUUCCAUACUUCCGUCCUCUGAGGUCGGACAUACAUCUAGAUCUGCCGCCCCUGUAUUACCAUGGAGACUGUACAUAGUACAUGAAUCAUGGCGGUGGCACGACGGCUACUGCUUGCCCGGUUCCAUCUCGGAGUAACCAGACCCCCUCCGGAUUCCUCUUCGUGUUCUAUUCGGACCUCCCCUGCCCUUCCUUUUUUCAAUAAAGACGACAGCUUUGCCUCAUGGCGUACUCUGUUCCGACCUUAUUAUUAUCGUCCAUGGAGCAGAAUAAUGUGCGCCACCGCUGCUGCAAGCCACAAGAGGAAGAUAGGCUGGGCGCCCUGACUGACGACAUCCUGCUCUCCAUCUUGGGGAGUGUGGACCUUGCGACGGCCGCAAGGACCAGCGCCCUGUCGACGCGCUGGAGGAGCCUGCCAUGGCUGCUCCCCGAGCUUAACCUCCAUGUCAGGGAUUUCCUGCCCGUGCCAUGCCCAGAUUACCCUGUUGCUGCUGCUCUACGGAUAUUUUUUUAUUCUAAAAUACCAGCGCAACACAUAAAUCAAGCAAUGGCGUCCCUGACCAGAGCUGCUAGGAGUUUCUUGCGCACCAAACACAGCGGAACCGUCACAAAAAUGUCCCUUGAGAUAUACCUCGUUGGCAACUACUCGCAUGAUAUUGGCCCGCUGGUCCGUGACGUCAUCGACAACGGCACGGUAAGAGAGCUGGACCUCACCAUUGCCGACGACAAGGAUUUCAGGUGCAAACAUGCAGAUAUGCUGCAGAAAGCACGGGUCGUGGACGGGUUCUUCAGCACGUAUCCUAAUGUGCUCCCUUGCCUCACGAGGCUCCACCUCUACAACCUGCGCUUCGCCGAGGGGGACAUGCUGCACCGCACGCUGUUCGACUGCUGCAAGCAGCUGCAGCACCUCAGCCUGGACCACUGCGACACCGGCGACGGCUCGGUGUGGCAGAUAGACGCACCGAGUUCGGGGCUCAGGGUUCUUGAGCUCCGCUAUUCCUACUUGAAGAGGCUCGAGGUGCGCUGCCUUCCCAAACUAGAGCUGCUCCGUUGGGAGGUCUGGCUGCACAAUGAGACCCCCUUGCAUUUUGGUUCUGUGCCGUGUCUCAAGGAGUUAUUCCUCCUAUGUGGUGCAGACAUUGACCACCCGGGGUUUAGUUUAAGCCAGCUUCUAGAUGGUGCCACAGACAUCCAUACCCUGACCUUAAACUUCCAAGGAGAAAAGCUUUGGAUCCAGCCUGAAAGCAGGCAACUCCGUGCUGCAUUCAGCAAGCUAAGGAAGCUGUCUAUUUAUGGCAUAUAUGUUGAGUUUGACCUGUUAUGGACAAUAAAUCUCCUUGAAGCUGCUCCAACCGUGGAGGUAUUUGAGGUUGAGGCGUUUGAACAUCCAUGUUCCGUGCCAUUUUGGGCACGUGUUGGCCUUCAAAGAGUGCAGCCCUCAUGGAAGACGCCUGGAUUCACAAGCUGUAGCAAGUGGCAGCUGAGAGAGCUCCACUUUGGCAGCUUUAGUCCCUUGGUGGGGCAUCAUAUGUUAUUUGUGCGUGAGGUGAUGGGUCGAGCUCCAAAGCUGGAGACUGUUCUUUUGAUGGAAAAUGAAGAGCCAUGCAAGAAGUGUAAGGCAAUGGGUGCACUACCUACUCCUGUAGGAGGUAUGUUUCCAAGGAGCAAAGAUGAGCAAGAGGCCAUAGCCAAGCAGCUUAGGGACAAGAGGAUCGUCUCCUCGUCCUCGGCGGCGAAGAUAGUUUUCAAAAGUAUUGCUUCAACAGUGGUAUUCUGAAUACAAGAACCCGAAUGCAGGUGCAAGUAGUAAAACGAAAAUGUAAUAGACGCCAAGGCAAGGCUUUUUAGUUGUUUGCUUAAAGGAGAACUGGUAUGUAAUUUUUUGCUGUUGUGGCAGCGUGUGGGGCGGUCAUGACCAUCCUAUCUUGUAUCCUUGAUUCUCUAUUUUGGAUUUUUUGGUGUCAAAUGACCUAAUCUAUGCUGCCA